AGCCAGAUCGGGGUUAGGGCAGGCAAACAGACACAGCGGAGGCUCUUGAACCUGAAGCACAGGGAAAGACAGGAUUAGGCAAAGUUUUAGGCAGACACAAGUAAAAAGAAUUACUUGAAACUAGCGCUUGGCUGUAGUGUUCGUACCACAUCAGCAAACUGAACAAUCUGGCAAAGAGUGGUGUGUGGAACUGGGACCUUUAUACUGCAGGAGUUGCUUAGUGGAUGAGCUUCAGGUGCGCAGAAGGAUUGGCAAGAAAAGGAGGACCAGAUGCCAUGGCUAGCCAGCCAGAAUGCCGCGGGACAACAAAAAUCCUCUUAUCCAGAAAAUAGCGAAGCAAGCGUAUAUCACCUUCAAAGGCUUGCAGUCUUCGGCCAACGGGGAUAAUAAACUCGUUGCAGACAAACAGAGUGAACUAAUCUCCUUGGUGACGGCGGUCAGGGCUGGUGACCUGAAAAUUGCUCCCCGGAAAAGCAAACCGAGCUCCGGUGCAGCGGGAAUCCAGAGCCCCCCGGUAACCUACAUGCACAUCUGCGAGACGGAGGUAUUCAGCAUGGGGGUGUUCCUGCUGAGGACCGGCGCUUCUAUACCUCUGCACGACCACCCGGACAUGAACGGAAUGCUUAAGGUUCUCUAUGGGAAGGUGAGCGUCCGCUGCUUCGAUAAACUGGAGGAUAACUUGACUGUCAACACUGCCCCACCUCAUUUUGAUCCUCCCUUGGCCCCGCUCCAGACAGCCUCCCUGUGGCGCUCCAUACUCCGCUCAGUUGUGGAGUACUCAGAGAACAGUGGGCCGUGCCUCCUCACUCCUCUGAGGGAUAACCUCCACCAGAUUGAUGCAGUGGAGGGGCCAGCUGCUUUCCUGGAUAUCCUGGCACCCCCAUACAAUCCAGAUGAUGGGCGAGACUGCCACUAUUACAAAGUCCUACAAACUGUGGCAGAGAGGGAAACAGAUGGAAAGAGCAACGAGGAGCAGCAGGGAGAGGAGAAGGAGAAAGAAGAGGAGACAUGGCUACUAGAAAUUCCUCAACCAGAGGACUUCUGGAAGGUCAACAUGAGGGUCAUUAUUACCUGGAACUCAAAAGAGUUUGAGUGUCUUGCUCAAGGAUGCUACAGCAGGGCAGAAUCUUGCAGAAACGUGAACUCUGACACCCCACACAGAAUAUGGACCACUGUACUUCCUUCUACAAACAAUAAAUAACCUUGUCAGUACUGGUAAAAGUAUUGACACCAGGAAUUGACUUUCCAAAUAUGGUAUUUUUCUUCGUAACGUUUUGUGACUGGUGGGGUGUCAUUAGGGUCUCUGUUGUGUGUUCUGUGAAGCUUAGAAAGCCUUCCACACAUGAUAUUUCACUGUGCUGCAGAGGACUUCUACAUUGUCAUGUGUCUUAAUGCCAUAGCCUGUAACUCAAGUCGUACAGUCCUAGUUGAAAUUAUUAGCACCCCUGAAUUUUAAACACAGGAUUUAGAAUAUCUUCAGAAAUAAAUGCAAAUUAACCAAUUUCAUAUAUUCAGAAUAUUUAAUUAAAAUUUCCAAAAUUACUGAACAAAAAAUGCUUUCAUAUAAUAUAAAUAAAAUUUAUUUUUGCAAAAUAAAGAAUACAGACAUAAAAUCUACGCUUGACAUAAUUAUUGGCCCCGUAGAAUUUAAUUUAGUUCCUCAAAUAAAAUAAAAAACAAAUAAGACUCACCUGUGCUUAGUUUUCAGUGUUCAAAUGACAUGAAUUAACCAAUGAAUGAUGGUUU